CCGAGCAGAGAUGGGACCGCGCGGGUUAUGACAAUUUUAGCAACAAGGAGCACACGAGAUAUAAAGGUAUUGAAUUUAUUUUUUUUUCAUGCUUUGGCGUUGAGCGACUUACUGCCACAUAAUGAAAAUUGCGAGGAUGGUUUUUGCACUGCGGAUAUGCAGCCUGCUCAAGUGCGCAGUGGCCGACCCCGGCGCCGGCUUGCACACAUGGGACAGGUUCAGUAAGCUCCCUUAUCCCGACGACAAAGCAUUCCUGUACGAUACGUUUCCUGAUAACUUCAUGUGGACCGUUGGGACGGCCGCGUAUCAAGUCGAGGGAGCGUGGCAAAAAGACGGCAAAGGGAAAUCCGUGUGGGACGCGUUUACGCGCGGUGGUAACCGGGUGUUCACGGGCGACGUGGGCAGCGACAGUUAUCACAACAUCCCCGGCGACCUCCGGGCACUGCAGCAGCUGGGGGUCAGUCAUUACCGCUUCUCUUUGUCCUGGCCGCGGAUUUUCUCUAACGGUACGAAAGGUACUUAUAAUGAAAAGGGCGUCGAAUAUUAUAAGACUCUCAUCCGUGGACUUAAAAAGAUAAAAGUCCAGCCAGUUGUGACUCUGUAUCACUGGGACUUGCCGGAUAACUUGCAGAACAUCUAUGGAGGUUGGAACAACUCGGUCCUCGUGGAGCUGUUCGAAGAAUAUGCAGAUUUUUGUUUUCGAACAUUUGGUUCUGAUGUUAAACUCUGGAUUACCAUGGACAACCCGUUUGUCGUGGCCUGGCAUGGAUACGGGACUGGGGUCGUGGCACCUGGAAUUAAAAAUGACCCAGACUUACCGUUCAGAGUUGGGCACAAUCUUUUAAAGGCUCAUGCCGCCGUGUGGCAUCUCUACGACGAGCGCUACCGACAGCUCCAGGGCGGAAGAGUGUCCAUAGCGCUGGCCUCGCACUGGAUCAAGCCCGGCAGGACCGGGCAGGACAGCCGCCGGGCCUGCCAGUGCUCGCUGGACUUCGUGCUGGGCUGGUUCGCUCGGCCGUUGUUCGGGGACGGCGACUACCCGCCGUGCAUGAAACGCAGCCUUACGCACCGGCUGCCGUCGUUUACCGACGGCGAGCGGGACUACGUGAAGGGCACGGCCGACUUCUUCGCCCUGUCUCACGGGCCCGCGCUCAGUUUCCAGCUGAUUAACGACAGCCUGCGCUUUGGGCAGACCGAGGAUCUGGACCUGCGCAUGCUGCUGUACUGGGUGCACGCAGAGUACAACGGCCCGCCCGUGUUUGUGGUGGAGAGUGGGUGGUUUGUGAAUGGCAAUACCCGGACGAAGGAUGCCAAACACAUGUACUACCUCAAACGCUUCAUAGUGGAGACUUUAAAAGCUAUCCGUUUUGACAAAGUGAAUGUAAUUGGCUAUACUGCCUGGUCACUUCUGGAUGGCUUUGAGUGGUAUCGGGAGUAUGGGAUACGGCGUGGCCUCUACUACGUCGAUUUUAAAUCUGAUCACCUGACAAGAGAGCCCAAGACGUCAGCCAUGUUCUACAGUAAACUCAUUGAGAAGAAUGGCUUCCCUCAGCUACCUGAGAACCGGCCCGCAGUUGGAGUCUUCCCCUGUCACUUCGCCUGGGGAGUGUCUGCAAACUCCAUACAGGUGGAGACUGUCCCCACGCAGUUUGUCGACCUGAACGUGUACAUCUGGAACAUCUCGGACAACGGAAAGCUGAAGCAGGUGGAGGGUGCGCGGGUCCCCACGCAGCGGCAGCGCCACUGUAGUGACUACGCUGCCAUCCGUCAGCAGGUGUCAGAGAUCCAGCACAUGCACGUUUCCCACUACCACUUCUCCCUCAACUGGUCCUCAGUCAUGCCUACGGGCCGCGUAUGGGAAGCCAAUGACACGCUGCUGAGCUAUUACCGCUGCUUCACCAGCGAGCUGCAGAGGGCCAACGUUAGCCCGGUGGUGACCCUCUGGCAUCACACUGGCAAGCUCUCCAGCCUGCCCUCAUUGAUGGAGGCGAACGGGGGCUGGCAGAGCGAGGAGACGGUGCGGGCCUUUGCAGACUACGCCAGGCUGUGCUUCCAGAGGCUUGGCGAGCACGUCAAGCUGUGGAUCACCCUGAACGAGCCCAACGAAGAAGGGCUAGGCUACGUGGUGGGCCAUCAGCUGCUGCGUGCCCAUGCGCUGGCCUGGCGGGUGUACGACAAUGAGUUCCGCCGGUCUCAGGGGGGCAAGGCUUCUCUAGUGCUGCACAUGGACUGGGUGGAACCGGCGUUCUCCUUCAACCGAGAAGACGUGGCCCCUGCGAACCGUGUUCUGGACCUCCGCGUGGGCUGGUUCGCCGAGCCUGUUUUUGGGAACGGCGACUACCCUCCAAUGAUGCGCAGCUGGCUCCAGCAGCGAAAUCCCAUCGACCUGUUCAACUACCACUUACCCAUGUUCAGCGAGGAGGACCGACAGCUAGUCAAAGGCUCCUAUGACUUCUUUGCUCUCAGCCACUUCACCACUUCUAUGGUUUACGAUGAGGUUGAAGACAAAUACUUAUACAAGGACAACUUGGAGGUACAGCUGAUUUCAGAUGUCACCUGGAUAAUGUCUCCACGGCGUAACUCCCCUGUGGUUCCUUGGGGUCUGCGCAAAGCUCUUAAUUGGGUGGACUCACAUUUUAAAGGCGUGCCCAUCUAUAUCAUGGCCAAUGGUGUUCAAGAAGACACAGCAAGAUUCAAAGACAGUUUACGGGUUUAUUAUUUGUACAACUACAUCAAUGAGGCCUUGAAAGCAUACACACUGGAUGGGGUCAACCUACAAGGCUAUUUCGCCUACGCGUUCAACGACCGGCGAGACCCAGGCUUUGGCAUGUAUGGCCACGUGGAGGAGGAGGUGAUCUCAAAAUCCUCUCUGAUCCACUACCGAACCAUCAUCGAUCGUAACGGUUUCCCUCCCCUCGGCAGCACUCCGCAGCAUUGUCCCAGCGUUCCCAGCCGCUCUCCGGGGUGUCCUGUCCUGACCAAGCGGCCGGUGGUAGCCUUCAUCUCUGUUGUGGGCUCUGCCAUGCUCAUUACUGUGGGACUUAUUAUAUACUACAGGACCAAGCGCCACAAAUAGCUGUUGUUGUUAGACUACUGUCUGCUGAACUAUUAUUUUUUUAACAUUUUGAAAAUAUCUAUUGUGUAACUUUUUAAAGCCUGUAUUGAAAUAUUAAAUUGUGGUUGGUUUUA